CGGAUGCCCAACGGGCUCGGAGUGGAGCUACAACGGCUACACCCGUCGAUAUGGGGCAAGAUACGCCAGCGGCCGUAAUUACAGCAAGAGUUAUCUUCCUCACACGUUGCGACGCGACUUUUCACACAUUCACCACUGCCAACACCUUGAUCUGCGACUCUUGGUCCUCUCAAACUCAACAGCGACAAUGCCGGACGCGCUCAUCGCGACACCUCCUUGCGGUCCAAUCCAGGGAUUCAAGCAUGGCUCGGUGACAAGAUACACUGGCAUACCGUAUGCAAGGGCAUCGCGCUUCGAGGUCCCUCAGUCGCUCGAGCCCUGGACGAACAAUUUCCAAGCCACAUCUCCUUGCCCAGCUUGUCCGCAGCCAAGCGACAAAGCUUCAGGCCUUAUCUCGAAGAAGCCACUUCUGAGUGGUCUCGAGAUCAGCGAAGACUGUCAAUGCCUCUCCGUCACGGUGCCCGACGGUGCAAAACCCGAUGGCAAACUCCCUGUGAUGAUCUGGGUGUAUGGAGGAUCUUUCUCGUCUGGCGCUGCCGACUCACCUGCCUACGAUCCUUCCAGACUUGUCGCUGAACAUCGAGUUAUCGUCGUCAACAUCAAUUACAGACUCAAUCUCUUCGGCUUCCUGGGCGAUGGCAAGAAGAAGCCGGCCAAUCUCGGACUGCUGGAUCAACUGGAAGCCUUGCGCUGGGUGCGUCGGAACGUCGCAGCAUUUGGCGGGAACGACGAUCCCAAGACAAUCACCUUCUUCGGACAGAGCGCUGGUGGAAGCUCAGUGGCUGAUCUGAUGGCUGUGCCCGAGGCAUCUUUACUGUUCGGGCGGGCAAUCGUACAAAGUGCACCAUUCGGCAUCACCAGAGGCAGAGAUACUCUGAAUGAAACUUUGCUCGAGGUAGCCAAGUCUGCAACGGUGAAUUCCUCGGCUGAUGAGCUAGUUGCACUUUGCGAAGCCAUCGACAAAGCUGGCUCGGGGACUCCGCCAAUGGGUGGGAUGCCCUUUGCACCGCAGUAUGGACAUGCGCCGUUGCCUGCUGAGAAAGACGUUGAUGCUGCGCUCGACAAGGUUGCAUCCCAAAUUGAUCUGUUGAUUGGAAGUACCGAUCAUGAGGCAUCGCUCUAACUCUAGGUCAAAAGGUCCCCUGCCCUCGGGGCCUUUUCCCCGCAUCCCGCCGGCUAAUCGGAUCCCGCGAGCCGACCUCUAGACCUGCCCUUAGGGCCUUUUCGCCCGUACGCUAAAGUCAUUUUUGAUCUCUACCCGUACGGAGCCAAAAAUCACAGCGUGUAAAAGUCCGCCUCGACAUCUAGCCGGUGCACCGACAUCUCUACCGUUCGAGCUAUAGUUACGUUGUUCGAUUAUAUGUUAAAGACAGCCACUCAUCUCUAUUCGACGCGACGCUAAGACGCGACCGAAGACUAAAGAGCUCUCCCCGCCCUACCCUUCCCGUACGACGACUUAUUACGAGAAAGUAAAAAGAAAAAAACAUAUAAAUAUAUAUAUAUAUAUAUAUAUAUACAUAUACAUAUAAAGUAGC